GUGAAGCAAACAAAAAGCAUUUCAGAAUAAACAUGGCCUUCUAACUGUUGGGGUAUCCUUCCAACCACACCCUCCCUCUGAUUCUAGAGGCACCAUGUAAUAGGGUGGUUAGAUGCCCACAUCCCAAGCACUCGUACCUACACUUACAUGCUGCCCCCACACUAUACCGACUUGUAAACUGCCAGCAGACCCCUCUUAUUUUCAGCCCCAUUGGAACUGGCGGCUCCCUGUGCGUUGUUGCUAACCUGAAUGUGAUUCUGCCUUGCGGCCCCCACACCUGUUGAUUAUUAGGCUUUUUGCUCAAUUUGCAUCCAGCAACAGAUAUCCCUGUGAUCCCACUGCAGAGAUUGCCUUCAUCAUCAUAUUUCAACCAAGCAGUCCCCCCAUACACCCUAUAUACUUAUUUAAAUAACAGAACAGCUCAGAGCCAUUCUCUAGGUGUUCAAGCUCUUUCUGGCUAGAAUGAUGAAGUCAGAUUCCUACGAAUCCGCUUUUACCUCCUCGUGUCGCUCAAGAAGAACAAAGGGAAAAACAUCAAUAUUCUCUAUCUUCCAUAAUUGUUUUCUUUACUUCCUGUCCCCAGCAAUAAUUUGACACAGAUAUAAGUACACCCUUUUCGUGCAUCUGGCACCAGUAGGGCUUGAGAUGCUUCUUUUUCUUUUUUUACCUUUUUUCUUUACCAUGCUCGCUUGUCACCUCUGUAACUGCCCCACUAACUAAUGACAUCACCCCUUGACUUCCUAUUCCCCCACUGGCUGCUAUUAACAGUUAUCUCUGACCCUGUCCCCGUGGCUAAACUUCAUGUUGAACCAGCCAACAAAGUCGCCAUUACAGACACCACACUAACUCUGGCAGCUCCAAUACUUGGAGCAGACUGGUGGGGUUUCCAUACUGCUAGCUGGAAUAUGCUGCCCUUACAAUCACCCUACUUCCCACCUAGUUGACAGCUCCUUUAAACCGACCAUUAAAGCCCUCAAAUCCUGUCCUCUAUCCCACCCGCUCUGGUGCCCCUUGUAAUGGAUUUACCCACUACCUGAGAUACCACAGAUGCUGCUGACGAUCCCCCAAUUCUGAAUGUUCUGGCAGAACUGUCACCUGAUGGCCUGCAUCCUGUCUCACCUGCAGAGCCUGUUGUCUCACUUCCUGGUGUUGUGUGCUGUCUCUUUUCUGUGCUGUCUCUUUUCUGUGCUGUCCCUUUGCUCCAAGAAUGUCUGUAUGGGUAUAAGCACAGAAGCUACCCCCAGCCCAGCUACCCAAAUGAUGGUGUUGCCAUACUCAACCACCGCACUGCAUCCAUCCCUUGUCACCAGCACAACUUGUUCUGUCCACUUUUGCAUCUUCCAUUCUAAAAACCUCCAUUCAGCUGGCUGCCUCUCUCUGCUGCAGAUCUCCCAAGACUCCAUCUCUGCGCUUAUAUCUCCACUCUCCCUUGACAACUUGCACUUGUGCCUCCCUGCCCUGUGCCCGACCACCGCUGUUCUCCCACUGAAAUGGCUCCACCCACGCGUGCCAUCUUGUCUGCACCCACACCACAACUCAUAUUCUGUCGGGACUGACUCCCCCACCACUCCAACCUCUCCUCUGUGCUGCACGUGUAAGGGAAGCGCUUGUGCAGCCAUUUUCCUGUUCCGUGUGAUGCUGCCCAGAGAAGGGCUCAGACAAUCGGGGGAUGGGAACUUUUUGUGUGAGUCGCACCUCCUGUAAAGGGCGUGGGGUGGGCUGCCAACUGCUGCAGAAUGCAUUUCUGUGCUGAUACCCGAGCUGAAACUUCCUGUUAUCCUGCCAUGUGGGAAGACACGCCUGUUUUUUGGCUCCGCCCCAACCUCUGGCCUCAGUGUCCGGUAGUUACAGAAUCUGUAUACAGUCUUCGUGGGUCCGGAUAGGAAGCUGGGAGAGCGGGGCCUUCCACACUCACCUCAGUACAUGAACCCCAGCCGAGCCCGGGCAUGGAUUGCACUGUGCGCUCAUCUCUCCAUUCUUUCCACAAGCAGUCAUGAUGCUCCUCACAAGGAAGCCUGAGGGCCCCAUAGCAGCAGUGAGAUAUGGUGAUGGCUUGUAUGAUUCAUAUAUGAGGCUUGAUCAGAUGGCAGCACAAGAUGCGGCAGAGGAUAAAGAAAGCCCCUCCACUCUACCUUCAUUUGGGAGACUUACUAUAAGCGGAAAUAAACUUGCAAUGAAGGAUCAACAACCGGUUAAAGUGCAACAGUUUUUUGAGGACUCCGGUAAUCGAAGGGUUGGUGCAAGUGUUCCAAGUACAGACAGCGCAUUUCCCUUGUUGACCAAAGAGAAGAGUUCAGACGGCUCAGGAACUUUAAAAUCUAGUGAUAGCUCUGCCAAGUCAUCAAAGUCCACGUACCUAACUCCUGAGCAAGCAGUGAAGCAAUACAAGCACCAGCUCUCUGCUUAUGAACAACAAGAAAUCAGUAGUUUUUCUGAGAUCUAUUUUGUGGGUCCAAAUGCAAAGAAGAGGCAAGGAGUUGUAGGGGGUCCUAAUAAUGGAGGUUACGAUGAUGAUCAAGGAGGCUACAGUUUGGUGCCACAUGACCAUGUGGCAUACAGAUAUGAAGUUCUUAAGGUCAUUGGAAAGGGCAGCUUUGGUCAAGUUGCAAAAGUUUAUGACCAGAAGCUCCACCAGCAUUUGGCACUAAAGAUGGUCCGCAAUGAAAAGAGAUUUCACCGGCAGGCUGCAGAGGAGAUCCGCAUCCUGGAACACCUCAAGAAACACGAUAAGACUGGCGGUAUGAAUGUGAUUCACAUGCUGGAGAGUUUCACUUUCCGAAACCACAUUUGUAUGACCUUUGAGCUUCUGAGCAUGAAUUUAUACGAGUUGAUCAAACGAAAUAAGUUCCAGGGUUUUAGUCUGCAACUCGUUCGCAAAUUUGCCCAUUCAAUCCUGCAGUGCUUGGAAGCUUUGUACAGGAAUAAGAUCAUCCACUGUGACCUAAAGCCUGAAAAUAUACUCCUCAAACAGCAAGGGCGUAGUGGUAUUAAAGUUAUAGAUUUUGGGUCCAGUUGUUUUGACCACCAAAGAGUUUACACAUACAUACAGUCCCGUUUCUACAGAGCACCCGAGGUCAUUCUGGGAAGCCGUUAUGGUAUGCCUAUUGAUAUGUGGAGUUUUGGCUGCAUACUAGUUGAGCUCCUUACUGGUUAUCCAUUGUUUCCAGGUGAGGAUGAGGGGGACCAGCUAGCUUGUAUGAUGGAGCUUGUUGGUGCACCACCUCCAAAGCUUCUAGAACAAGCCAAAAGAGCAAAAAAUUUUAUUAACUCAAAGGGAUACCCACGCUAUUGUACUGUCACCACACUUCCUAAUGGGACAACAGUUCUCAAUGGCAGCAGGUCAAGGAGAGGUAAAAUGCGUGGUGCACCUGGCAGCAAAGACUGGGUGGCAGCUUUGAAGGGCUGUGAAGAUACCCUUUUCAUUGAUUUUCUGAAAGGUUGUCUCACUUGGGACCCAGUUGCACGUAUGACACCUAGCCAGGCCCUGCGACAUCCGUGGAUUUCCAAGCGAAUGUCUAAGCCUUCAGUUACUGAGAAGGCUUCAGGUAAAAGAAUUACCAGCCAAAGCAGCUCUUUCCCAGGAAUUGGCUCCAAACUGCCUCCAGUCGUAGGUGUGGCCAACAAAUUACGGGCCAAUUUAAUGAAUGACUCCAAUGGAAGCAUACCACUUCGAACUGUUCUUCCUAAGCUAGUCAGCUAAUCCUGACUGAUGCUAUGAUGAGCUGAUGCUUGUGACUUUUAUGAUUUUACUUGUUUUAUUAAAAAUGAGGGAAGAAAGGUAUCCUUAAAGGAUUAGACUCUGCAUUCCCCAAGUUAAUUGUAUUUAAAGGGCUAAACAUUUCAAUUUCCAUCUGGUACAACUUGAUUCCCUCUAUUUUAUAGGUCAGUAUGGUUUUUGUCAAAAUACAAAGCAAUAAUAAUUUAGAAAAGACACAUUGUAAGAGUUGACUAACCAUGACUUUGUUCAUUACAUUCACAGAGACUGAAUCCUGUAGUCAUGACAGAAUGAGGUACUAUUAUUCCGAUAUCUGCCCAGUUGGUCUCUUCCCACUGCAGCUAUUUAAUUAGUUUGCCGGAACAUUCAGUCACUUAGCAGAAAAGGCCAUGAAUUGGUCAUUUGCAAAAUGUGUCAUCUUUGUGAAAGUAGGCUUGGGUCACACAAACAGAUCUACUUGUAACAGUCUUAGAAUGGAUUGUCAUUUUCUAUAUUGGACUAAGUACAUAUAAACCUCAUCUAAAAACCUGUUUUUAGCAGACUUUUAGUGGCAGAUGAUCAUUUCCUGGUAUAAGAUGGCCGAUCUGUACAGUGCAGUUUAAUGCAUUUUGCCUGCCAUGUUUUUCAGCAGCCCAAACUCUAAGAGACCCACUUUAACCUCUCAACAAAAAAUUUUGCACACAACAUUCAAUUGUAGUGGAGGGGCAAUAUUGAGCAUUUUGGCUUUAUAUAUUGAAGCUCAAACAUGGCAAAGUUGAAAAUCACCCAUGUGCCAUUGCCCUUGUGGUGAUAAUGAUCAGUUCCGGGAUUUAGUGGAAAAGCUGAUGAGCGUUUCCGAUUAUUCUUGUCCCCUGAAGGACAAUUAGCACAGUUUCAAAAAGCUGUUAUCCUGCAGAACAUUCCUUUUUCAAUAACUCGGAGGAACCAUAUAACCUAUAGAUAAUGACUGGCACUGUAGCAGAUGAUGCUCCGCUGCAGAAGACUGUAUGGUGCACAUCAUCUUUCCCCGACUUCCAAUGUUGGUCCUUAACACCUAAUCUAAAGUAGCAAGUGGCUGAAGUACAGGUAUACGAUCUGUUAUCUGGAAACCCAUUAUCCUGAAAUCUCCGAAUUAUAGAAUCCAUUUUAUCUAAAUAAUGCAAAUAUUUAAAAAUCAUUUCCUGUAAUAAUAAAAUCGUACCUUGUACUUGAUCCAGG